UUUGUCUCUGUCCCUGAAGCCCUGCUGCUGUCCUGCUCCGCAGCCAUGGCCCUGCUCCGAGGUGUAUUCAUUGUUGCUGCUAAGCGAACACCAUUUGGAGCUUAUGGAGGGCUCCUCAAAGACUUCACAGCUACUGACUUGACUGAAUUUGCUGCCAAGGCUGCCUUGACUGCUGGGAAAGUCUCACCUGAAACUAUUGACAGUGUCAUCGUAGGCAAUGUCAUGCAGAGUUCUUCAGAUGCUGCGUACUUGGCCAGGCAUGUUGGGUUACGUGUGGGAGUUCCAAAAGAGACCCCAGCUCUCACUGUGAAUAGGCUCUGUGGCUCUGGCUUCCAGUCCAUUGUGAGUGGGUGUCAGGAAAUCUGUGUUAAAGAUGCUGAAGUGGUCUUGUGUGGAGGAACAGAAAGCAUGAGCCAAGCUCCCUACUGUGUCAGAAACGUGCGUUUUGGAACCAAGUUUGGAUUAGAUCUUAAGCUGGAAGAUACUCUGUGGGCAGGAUUAACAGAUCAGCACAUCCAACUCCCCAUGGGAAUUACCGCAGAGAAUCUUGCUUCAAAACAUAAAAUAAGCAGAGAAGACUGCGACAAAUACGCCCUGCAGUCACAGCAGAGGUGGAAAGCUGCUAAUGAUGCUGGCUAUUUUAAUAGUGAGAUGGCACCAAUUGAAGUGAAGACCAAGAAAGGAAAACAGACAAUGCAAGUAGAUGAGCAUGCACGACCCCAGACCACCCUGGAACAGUUAAAUAAACUUCCUCCGGUAUUCAAGAAGGAAGGGACCGUCACUGCAGGGAAUGCGUCGGGAGUAUCUGACGGUGCUGGAGCUGUUAUCAUAGCCAGUGAAGAUGCUGUAAAGAAACAUAACUUCACACCACUGGCCAGAAUUGUGGGUCAUUUUGUGUCUGGAUGUGACCCCUCUAUUAUGGGUAUUGGUCCUGUUCCUGCUAUCACUGGGGCACUGAAGAAAACAGGACUGAGUCUUAAAGACAUGGACUUGGUGGAGGUAAAUGAAGCUUUUGCUCCCCAGUACCUAGCAGUCGAGAAGAGUUUGGACCUUGAUCCAAGUAAAACCAAUGUUAAUGGAGGAGCCAUUGCUUUGGGUCACCCGUUGGGAGGAUCAGGAUCAAGAAUUAUGGCACACCUGGUUCACGAAUUAAGGCGUCGGAGUGGAAAAUACGCUGUCGGAUCCGCUUGCAUCGGAGGCGGCCAGGGCAUCGCUGUUGUCAUUGAGCGCAUGGCCUGAGCCACACAGACAGCCCUGCCACUGAACCUGACUGUGACCAAGGGAUGGUGAGGCAAAGAUCAACUUAUCACGAAUAAGAGCCCUCGCCAGAAAAAGUUCUCUCAUUUGCACCAAAUAUGAUUGUGUUUUUUAACUAAAAUCCAACUAUAGAAGGCCUUGAAAAGGAAUUUUAUCAUUGCCAAAUAACCACCACUAAUGCCUUAGAUAACAGGGUUGCCAUGAAACUGAAUAAAUAUUGCCUUAACUUCA